AUGCAAUCCCCGCCGGACUGGCCCCCGACGCCCGACGCCCUGCGGCCCUCGCCCUUCCCGCACCCCCUGCUACACGCCCUCCACAGCCUGGGCCGCGUGCUGCUCUUCCCAGCCUACUGGGCCCUGGACCAGCUGCUGGGCUGCUGUGCACCAGCGACACGCGCAGCCCGCCUGGGGUGGCUGAGAGCGGCGGCGGGCGGCUGGGCGGCGCUGCUGCUGCUGCUGCUGCUGGCUUGGCGCCGCCCUUUCUGCUACCGGCCGGCUCCGCCCUGUUGGGUGCCGCCCGCGCCUUGGCGCCCACCCGCCGAACAGGUGCGCUGCUUCGUCUUCCUCUCGGCCAAUCUGUGCCUGCUCCCUGACGGGCUGGCGCGCUUCAACAACCUGUCGCACAGCCAGCGGCGGGCCGAGACCAUUGGCGCCGCGCUGCUAGCGGGCCUGCGGCCCGCGCUCUACAGAACUACGGACUGCAGUCAGCCGUGGCCCCGGGCGCAGCGCGGGGUGGUGGUGGCCGCAGUGCCCGCGGAUCUGGACUUUGUGUGUCUGCAGGAGGUGUUCGAUCUGCGCGCCGCUCAUUGCUUGGUGGGCCGCCUGGCGCCAAAUAUGGGCCCAGUGCUGUACGACGUGGGUACGCUCGGCCUGCAGCCUGGGCCGCACCUCAAGCUGCUGGGCAGCGGGCUGCUGCUGGCCUCACGCUACCCGCUGCUGCGUGCCACCUUCCAUUGCUUCCCCAACGCGCGUGGCGACGACGCGCUGCCCUCCAAGGGACUACUGUCCGCACAGGCGCAGCUGGGCCACCUGGACGGGCGCCGCAUAGUGGGAUUCCUGCACUGCACGCACUUGCAUGCACCGCCUGGGACGAUGCUGAGCACCCGCAAGCUCCACCACUCGGUGGCCAGCUCCCCCGAGAUGCUGUGGAGGGCCCUGGAGCAGGAGAAAGGGCGCCACCUAUACCUAGCAAGCCCUCCCUUCGGAAGGAGCUGGACCAAAUCCUGGCGGGGCCUGCGUGUGGACUACAUCACAUACCGGGGAGUGCCUAGGGGCCCGCUGAAUCCAGAAGUGGAACAGGUGACGUUCAGUAAGGCCCUGGCGGUGCUCACGGACCACCUGGCCAUGAGCCUGCAGCUCCGAGUUUCAGUGGCAUCCUAACGCAGGCACAUGGAAGACAGGCGUGGGCCGACACAAACAGCACAACGCAGAGCUCGAACUUGGCCCGGUAGCCGCGCCCUGAGAACCAGGCAACUGAACGGAUCUUUAUUGUGGAGGCCCUCACACAGCCUCCUGGGCCCGGCGGUAAUCAUAGACGCUGCCCCGCUCUGGAAAGGCCAGGGGUUGCGGGGGACCCGGCGGUGGGGCGGGGUCCUCUGGGUCCCCGUAACCCCCGCCUCCCGGCGUGUGGAGGCAGAAUACAUCCUGAAGGGCAGAGGAGCAGGUUCAGCGCAGGCGUGGCCCCUCCCUGUCUGUGGCUGUAGCCCACUCCCCAGCGGGGCAGCAUCCAUCACCCGCACCCCGGCCCAGAACGCGCCCCUCCCUUCGGGAGUCAAAUUAACUCGGUCUCUGGUUAUUUUUACAACUCUGU